CCCCCGCUGCCCGUAGGUGUCCAACACUGAUCCCGGUACGGUGGUUGUGGUUGCGCUCGUGUCGGCGGCGCCCCGGGGAGGCGGUAUGGCGGAGAGCCCGGGUCAGCCGGUAGGGAGCGACGAGCCGCGGGGAGCGGGCGAAGAAGAAGGCGCGGAGGCAGUGGGGAAGCCGCAGACCGUGCUGUGCCCCGAUGGGGGAGAGGAACCCACCGAUGAGUCCUCCGUCGGCGGAGGGGGUGCCGGUGGGCAAGAGGAGGCCGCCGUGCUCAACGAGGUGCCCGGCGAAGAGGGUGGUGGAGAGCCCGGAGGGGUAGCGGAAAGCCAAGGAGCGGGGCAACAGAAGGAGGCAGAGCUGCCGAGACCCGAUGGGGACGGUGCGGCUCUGGAGGGAAGGGAACCGGCAGCGGCCGCGGGACUGGAGUCCGCGCCGGCGGGGAUAGAGCCAGAGCAGGCGGCGGGGAAAGUGGCUCUGGUGGGAACAGAGCCCGAAGAAGCGGCGGUGGCCCCGGCGGUAGCAGAGCCCGAGGAAGUGACAGUGACAGCCCCGUCGGGGUCGGACCCCGAGGAUGUGGUACAGGGGGUGAAGGCGGUGGGAGCAGAACCCGAAGAGGCGGCCCCGUCCGGGACGGUUCUUGAGGAUGCAGUGAGAGAGGAAGCCCCGUCCAGUACGGUCCCCGAGGAGGCAGCGAGAGAAGAAGCUUCGUCGGGACCAAGCCCCGAGGAGGUAGUGAGAGAUGAAACCCCGUCCGAGACGGACCCCGAGGAGGCUACGAGAGAGGAAGCCCCUUCGGGGCCAAGCCCCGAGGAAGCUAUGAAAGAGGAAGCCCCAUUGGGGACGGAACCCGAGGAGGCUAUGAGCGAGGAAGCCCCGUCGGGGACGGAGCCCAAAGAGGUGAUGCAGGAAGAAGCCCAGGUUGGGACAGACCCCGAGGACGCGGUGCAGGAAGAAGCCCCGUCGGCGCCAAGCCCCGAGGAAGAAGCGGUGAUAGAGGAAGCCCCGUCGGGGGCAGAACUUGAGAAGGAGGAGGAAGAGACCCCAGCUGGAGACGAAGAGGCCACCCAGCGCCCCGGGGUUGCAGAGGACGCGGUGCCGGCUGCAGGGGAGACCGAUGGCGGCCGGCGGUCGCCGGCAGGCCCCGAAGGGGAGGACGGAGCCGAGGUUCUGCCGGGGGCUGAGCGAGGAGCCGGCACCGGGGAGGCGGCGGAGGCCGGAGAGGAGAACGCUGCCUCGGGGGGAGGAGGCGCGGCGGCGGCGGGGCGGCCCGGAGGGUGGCCGGGCACCGAGGGCGGUGAGUGGGAGUCGGCGGGUCUGAGCCUGAACGGGGUGCAGGGCCGGGCAGAGGACGAGGAGGACGAGACGGGUUCGCCGACCGCGCUGGAGGAUGAGGAGAAGCAGGAGUACGACAUCUCUCUCUUCGUCAAGGCUGGCAGUGAUGGGGAAAGUAUUGGAAAUUGCCCGUUCUCGCAACGUCUCUUUAUGAUCCUAUGGCUAAAGGGUGUCAUAUUUAAUGUCACAACUGUGGACUUGAAAAGAAAACCUGCUGACCUGCAGAACCUGGCCCCGGGGACGAACCCACCCUUCAUGACGUUUGAUGGUGAAGUCAAAACUGAUGUCAAUAAGAUUGAGGAGUUCUUGGAAGAAAAGCUAGCACCGCCCCGGUAUCCCAAACUUGCACCGAAGCACCCUGAGUCUAACUCUGCAGGAAAUGAUGUGUUUGCAAAAUUCUCUGCAUUCAUAAAGAACCCAAGAAAAGAUGCUAAUGAAAAUCUGGAAAAAUCUUUGCUUAAAGCCCUGAGGAAGCUGGACAACUAUUUAAAUAGCCCCUUGCCUGAUGAAAUUGAUGCUUAUAGCACUGAGGAGAUCACUGUGUCCUGCCGGAAAUUCCUGGAUGGAGAUGAGCUCACCUUAGCAGAUUGCAACCUCCUACCAAAGCUCCACAUAAUUAAGGUUGUUGCAAAGAAAUACAGAAAUUUUGAUUUCCCAGCCGAAAUGACGGGGAUUUCAAGAUACUUGAAUAAUGCAUAUGCAAGAGAUGAAUUUACAAACACUUGUCCUGCUGAUCAAGAAAUCGAGUAUGCAUAUUUGGAUGUUGCAAAGAGAAUGAAGUAAAUGGAAGAUGUUUCCCUUCUUUUAUACUUCUGAGAUUUUAUGGGCACCAGCCAAUAUGGAAACAAAAAAAAAAAAGCCAGCACGCAUUCUGCAGUGCAAUUUUAACUUCUGUUAUUGGCCAAUCCUUCUUUUGUAAUAACUGUGUAGCACUGUUUGCUUGUUCUUAAAUGAUGUAUGUGCAUCUGUGUCUGUACAGAUGUACACACACAGGAAUGUGUGUUAUGCACUCCAAGUUAAAAGCAUCAGUCAGUACUCAGGCUUUUGCUGAAGUUAGAGAACCAGCAUAGGUCAUGCAAUUAUAGCAAUAUUACAGACUAGUGACACGCUAAAUGACUGAAUUUAGCGAAGAAAUAGCCCUGUUCCUAACACACAUGUAACCUGUCAUUACUGCUGCCUCUGAUCUGUGUUUCACAGCUGUUGCCAAAUUUCGCAGUUCCCGGGAAGGUUUCUGCUUGCUUCUCCCCAGGCCUCGGUGGCCCCAUGCCAACAGUUGGCACGCACGCAGUACCCUGGUUAAUCCAGGAGAGAAGCCAGACUGGAGGUGGGACCACACCUGGCUUCCCAGAAGCCCUCUCCUCUGUGCUAGAGACCUGCAGGGCAGGUCAGUGAAGAACAACUUGUCUUCACGUUGCAUGAACUGUCUUUGGUAUGAAAGAAAGUAAUUAGAAAGAUCCCGCCUUCUCCUCUGUCAGGGCUGCAUAACCCAUCCAGCUUCCUUCAGACAAAGAGAGGAAUGCAGACUGUCACUGGCCCAUGGAUUAUUUGUUAACAAAUAUCUGACAAGGGAGGAGGCAGAGGCUUGGUUGUUGCUGCAGACUCAAUAAAUGGGUGAACAUCUGCCCCCUGCUACUGGUGCAGGAUCCCUCUGUCAUCCUUUUGUGACUCCCAUUUGGUUUUGGAAAGCAAAGAGGAGGGUUUAAGAAAGCAGUAGUCCUUUUAUGCUUCCCUUUCUGGAUUUAGUUGCAGGGUUUGCAUUUUCCCAAGCAGUCACAAGGACUUCUUUGCUGAGAGCUUUCCAGAUGUCCAGGCAUUGUCCCACUGAGGACAACAGAGGCAUAGCUCCCGCCUGGGGGAUGGAUGAGAUGAACCUCUCCAGGCUGGCAUGACCCUGUGUUCACGGUACUACUAACAGAUAUUCUCUGGGCUUCAUGGAGCAUGCUGUUGGAGAGGUGUCAACUCUGAAAAGUCACAUCCAUGUCUGCUUUUUGCUGAGCAGGUCCUCAGCAAGCACCUAGGAGCAGAGGGUGCAGUGGUUUAGUCAUAGGGUCAUCUGGAAGUUUCCUUCUGAUGCGUUUUGCCUGUAUGUACAAAAUAGACGUGGAAACAGCUAAAAAUAGCUUUUGUAGCACCUACAUCCAUACAAAGACUGAUACAGAAUAGCCAUUCAUCUUUGCCUGAGUUAAACAUAGGCUUGCUUUCUAACAAUGCAUUACUUAGGGUAAUAGUAGGUGUUGGGUGUAUGGUGUCUGUGGCUUCCUCUUACACACUACACAGUUCUUUUGCAAAUGUCCUAGCAUGAUUAUUUGUAAGCAAUAUUAAACACGCAAUUUUAGUUUCUCUAGCUUCUCUGCAGAGAAAACAGGCACAACACCUUUCCCUUACAGCCUCUGUUGUGAGGUUACGCACUGGGGUUGGUAGCUGAGCAGUCACUCUUCAUUCCUUACUAACUGUUACUUUGUAUUUUCAAAUCCGUACCUGAAUAUAUAAUAAUAUAUAAAAUAAAAAUCUGUAUACUCUUUUCACAUGCCUUACAAAUUUAAAUAGAAAAUAUACAAAUCCAUAAGUAAUUUGAGCAGUGUUCUGUCUUUAUUUCCAUAGUAAUUUCCUGGCAAAGAUGCUUUGCAGCAGUGGCCUGGAUUCCAGCAGGCAAGAUUUAACCCAACUUUGGUUUGUUUUGGAGGAAUGGUGUCUCAAACCUGCAGUUGGAUCUGGGAAGCAGUGCACACAGACUGUGCUCCUUACUGCUGAAUAAAAAUACAAAGGGUCAGUGCGUAAUCCCUGACCUUGGGGCCACCUAGCACAAAGCACAUUCCCUCUGCUGAGGACUGGCCAUGUUUUAACAGUGUGGUCUGGGAAAGAGGAGGUUUUGACGGUUCCCUUACUGCUCAUACCCAUGCAGAAGUUUGUGGCUCCAGCUCUCCACAAUGGGAUGCUGUCUCCACAAACGUUGCUAUCUAAAUCAGCAAAUUUUGGUUGAUAUUUGCAUAUUUCAAGCAACACAGGGAAGAGACGUGCAUAGAGAAGUUGUAGAAAUGACCCAGUGUGUCAGCAAACUGCAGUUACUUCAUUUGCCUAGGAUAGGAAGAGCUAAAGUGCUUGCAUAGUCCUGCAGUGUGUGGAGCCAUACCUAUUACGUUUUGAAUGUCUAAUUCCACCCCCUGAACAUGUUUAAGGAAAAGCUGUUGUCCACCUUUGAGUUGCUCUAUUUUUAAAAGACCAUGGAAAUACUUAUAAAUAUACUGGAGAACAAAUAAUAUGAUAUAAAGGGAGAGAGAAAGCAAGUUGUGUUGUUAAUUAUAUCACCACCUGACGGAGCAGCCUUGACAAGGUGUAAUACCUAGAUACAGAUUUGCAGUGCUUGACCUCAUGUAAAAGCAGAGAUUAUGUUCAGUUAUUUUAAGGCAUGCCUGUGCAGACAGAGCUACUGAUUUCCAAAUGCUUACGAGCACAAGAAGUGCUCUGUAACAUUGCUUGUAUAAAAUUUGUUUUUAUUGUUAUCGUUUUAAAUACCAAUGUCUGUAUUUCCCCUUUAAACAUCUACUAUAUUCAAAGAAUAUCUGCUCAGAAUGUGAAUUAUUUUUUCUUCUGUCACCUGUGUAGAAAGUUCUUCAGGUUUGAAGACUUUUUUUGUCAGCUUCAGUAUCUCAGAUAGUCUUCAGAAUGACCCAUCAACUUGAAGGUUAAAUACUACUUGUGCUCAAUGCAGUAAUUCCAAAAGCAUGCUGGAAUAAAAUCAAAUACAUGGUAAUUAACUGUAACAUAUUUCCCCCAAUGCAUUUCAUUUUUGAAAUAGCUUCAAAGCACUGAAAAAUGAAACCUCAUGAAAGCAAGUUGGUAUCCAUCGUCGGUAUCAACAUGCUAUUUGUUUGAGUAUAAGCAAAUAUCUAAAUCCCAUGAGCUCCUUACAGCUGGUUGAAGUUUAGCUUAAAAGCCACACCCGCUGGUUAUUUCUAAGCUGUCAAGAACCAGUAAUCAAGUGGUGAGGUGAGGCAUGACCCCCAAAAGGUCAAAUCAACAAAAGCUAUCAAAAACAUGGUAGAGCCUUGACUAGGCUGAGCCUUGACUUCAUAAGUAAACUUUCCUCUAUAGUGGCCACCACGAGCGCUGCUGUUGCUCAGUCACUCUUGGCCUCACAGAUGCUCCCUGUGGACCCUUCAAAGCUACUCAAAGAACACUCACCGUGACUUUACUGAUCACACAUGGGAUAUGCUGCCCUAAAAACUGAAUUUCCUGGUGAGCUAUUCUGGAUAGCUGGCAGAGAUGGAAGAGCAGAGAUUUGCCUCAUGGCUCUCUACUACACUCUCUAGUCAGCAGUACUAAAUGGCAUCAUAUUCCUGAGCUACUCUUAGUUUUCUUAUGAGACAGAAGGCCAGACUUAUGUCCUGCUUCUGAGCUAUGGGGUAAAGCAAACUUGUGGAUUACCUAAGUGAUGGCUCAGAUCAGCACUCUGUUUUCCUUCAUCUCUGAACUGCAAAGAAGCGAAGAUUUUGGACUCCUGAAGACCUAAAUCUGACUCUUGCUGAUUAAGUUUUUAUUAACUAGCAAAAUGCAAACAGAAAAAUCUCGUCUGGAAAUGAACUGAUGGAAAUCAGAGUUUUGUUUCAAAAUCUGAAAUUUGUCCAACUUCUAGAUUAAACCAAUGAACUGAAAUCAAAAUAAACAUUUCUUUUGAAAGCUGAA